CCUCACUGACCCUGCAACCGCUUAAACACUAUACACCACCCUUCCAUCUUUUUCACGAACCCAUUUUAUCUCCUUAUUCGACUGAAAUACCCCAAACUCUCCGUAAAACCCAACGAACGGGGUUAGAAGGACGAAAGAAAUGGACAUUCGGGUACUAAAACCGUCGGAUAUCCCGCACGUCCAGCUUGCGAAUAUUACGAAUCUGCCGGAGAAUUACUUCUGCAAGUAUUAUUUGUAUCAUGCGAUGAGCUGGCCACAAUUGAGUUAUGUGGCUGUUGAUGUAUCCCGUCCCCAAAAAUCGCCAUACGACCCGCCCAAAAUCGUGGGCUACGUUCUCGCCAAAAUGGAAGAGGAGCCUACAGAUGGCGUGCAGCAUGGACAUAUUACGAGUUUGAGCGUCAUGCGGACGCAUCGGAGAUUGGGGCUUGCGGAGAAGCUUAUGCGGCAGAGUCAGCGGGCCAUGCUAGAAACCUUCUCCGCCCACUACGUCUCGCUCCAUGUCCGCGUCUCCAACGUCGCCGCACUCCACCUCUACCGCGACACCCUUGGCUUCAGUGUCGAUAAAGUAGAAUCGAAAUACUAUGCCGACGGCGAAGAUGCGUAUAGCAUGCGUAUGGAACUCUCGGACCUGCGGGUUGAGCUAAUGGAUGCCGAAAGUGACGAUGAGGAUUCAGGGGCGGAUGUUGAAAUGCAGGAUGCUGAUGAUGCGAGUGUGGGCGUUGAUGAGGGGGAGGCGGUUGGUAGUGAGGGUGGGCCGGCGAGGAUGAGAGGUGGUGGGAAGGAGGGCGGGAAGGAUGGGAAGGGGGAGAAGAAGAGGAGGGUUAAGGUUAAGGUAGGACGGGGGUUGGGUGUUGGGGAGUUGGUUGAGAGGAAUGAGGCUACGAGUUGAGUUGAACCUUUCCUCGAACCACUUGUUUCUAUCUGGUACGGAAGGGGUUUGACCGGUCCAACUUCCAUGCCCAGAGUCAGGGAGCGUUUUCUGGCGUUAGCUGCAUGCAGACUAAAAACUGGAUGUACAGCAGGGGAAACACUGGGUGAAAUGACAAACAUGGAAGGGUAGGUGUAUUAUGUACGACAGUAUUACGAUAGAAGUAUCGAAAAGCGCUAGUC